CAAUCAAGAAUGUCUGCUUGCACUUGCAAUAUUGAAUUCAACUUUUUAGUGAUAAAAUGAUAGAUUUAACUACAAAUUUGUUAACCUUUUUUUUGUCUCUAAUAAUUGAAUUUAUUGUAGUGUAACAUGAACAUGAAGGGGAAAGAAUUAAGGCUAGCGUUCGGCUGUCUGUUGAUUUUCUGCGCCUCCUAUUCAUGUGCUUUUGAUCAGUCUGAUUAUAGUUUGGUCAAAAAGCUGGGGGGUGGAUUUCAUGGUAACACUUGGUUACUAAAAAAUGAAACAUACAACACUACAUAUGUUUUGAAGGAAAUAAAGUCCGAAGCCGAUAAUCUCAGUGCUCAACGUGAAAUCUAUUUCGGUGAAAAGCUUAGUAUCGCGGAGUCUCCCAUCGGAAAAGAUAAUGUUGGGAGGUUUAUUGAAUAUCUUGACGUUGAAAAUAGAGUGCAAUUAAUAUUCAUAUUUGAGGGUGCUCCGCUGGAGGGGCUUCUUUACCAGCUCAACGUGAAAGAACAGACUUUUGAGCCAACUGAUUGGCUGACUUGGCUGCGUAACACCACUGAAGGACGCCAAGUAAUGAAAAAUAUUUUUUAUCAAAUGUUAUUAGGUGUUAAAUUCUGCCACGACAAUGGUGUCAUCCAUAGGGACAUCAAUCCUGCCAAUAUUGUGAUUUGUUUUGAAAAAACAAAUGGAAGCUGUGGGGUAGUGGAGCCAUUACACACCGACAAUAUGCAUUUGAGAUUAAUAGACUUCGGAAGUGCAGUGGAUGACUAUGCAAGAAGAUAUCUAUAUGGACCCAAUGGACCAACUUGGGCUGAGCAGAAUAUCUUUUCAAUGCCACCAGAAGCCAUAAUUGACCACGGUAUGAUUCUUGGUGUGUUGGUUACACUAUCCUGGCGUUCAUACUUGGGAGUCCAGAUGUUUUCAGCCCCUCAGUCUCUGCGUUAUCUGAGCUGCUUAUAGACGAUCAUUUAGAUGAUCAUCUUGAUUAUUCUACUAUGUCUAUGGCUGGCAUGGCGGAGCAGUGCAUCGGGCUUCCUGAGGCUGUGGUAGUAGAGAAAAUGUAUAGGCUCCCGACUUGCACCGACAAUGGAUAUGCCGAUUACAUUCGCAAUCGGGAUUCAUUACAUCUCGGAUUCAUAGAUAUCGAGCUUCUCAAGCUCGUUCGGCUCCUUUUGGAGGCGGAUCCAGAUUUGCGUAUCGGAGUGGAUGAGGCACUUCGACAUCCUUAUUUUGCUGUUUCUACCCAGAUCGGGUUAUACUAUUAUGCCAUUGCUUUGGCAUUUGUGAUGACUAUCGGUAUGGUUUGCUACCGGGUAAAGCAGCACAACAAGAAGAAGGCAGAGGAGAACAAAAGAACUAAAGCUGUUUAGUUUUGUGAGUGUGAAUAGGUUUAGGUCAUUUUUGUGAAAUUUAGGGUCAUAUGUCUGCCUUUUCCCUAGUUUCUCAACAAAAAAUCCCUUUACAACAAUAUUAUUGCCAAUUUUUUUUUGAUAGAUAUGAUCAAAUUCCUACGUCCAUUAGAGUUUUUUGGAGGCUGCUUCAUCCUAACAUCUAAUUCAUGCAUAUAAAAAAAAAGGUACAUAUUUCAUCGA